GCCGGUUGGAACCGGAAGCUUGACCCCGGGCUGCUGCAGGAAGUCAACUGACGCUUCUGAGUUUCUGCCUCAAAUACGAAUUAUUACCGACAAACAACGGACGCAAGAACACGACGGACCAACAGCAGGAACCGCCACAAACCUCCAAGAUGGCGCAGGACAAUAUCUUCCUCUUCGUUCCUAAUUUAAUCGGUUACGCCCGGGUGGUUCUGGCCCUGUUCUCCUUCUACCUGAUGCCCUGCUGCCCGUGGCCCGCCGUCUUCUGCUACCUGCUCAGCGCCCUGCUGGACGCCUUCGACGGCCACGCAGCGCGGGCGCUCAAUCAGUCCACAAAGUUCGGAGCGAUGAUGGACAUGCUGACGGACCGAUGCGCCACCAUGUGUCUGCUGGUCAACCUGUCUCUCCUCUACCCGUCUUACACCUUCCUGUUCCAGCUCAGCAUGUGUCUGGACAUCGCCAGCCACUGGCUGCACCUGCACAGCUCGACCAUAAAGGGAUCCGCCAGUCACAAGACCAUCGACCUCUCCGGCAACCCCGUCCUCCGUCUCUACUACACAUCCAAGCCGGUGCUGUUUGUGAUGUGCGCCGGGAACGAGCUCUUCUUCUGCCUCCUCUACCUCCUCCAUCACAUCCAGGAACCAGCUGCCUGGCUCUACUGGCUGCAGGGACUCUGCGGGAUCAUCUGCCUGCUCAAGUCCGGCAUCAGCGCCCUGCACCUCGUCACCGCCUCCCAGAACAUGGCCGCCAUGGACGCCGCCGAGCGAGAGACGAGCGCCAAGAAGCAGUGAGAGAGGAAGACGGGGGGGACGAAGCCACAGCGGUUUUAUUUCUUAUUGUUUUUGAACUGAGCUGACUUUAAUAAGACAUGAAACACGACAUCAGACAGACAGACAGACAGGCAGACAGAUAGACAGGCAGACAGACAGACAGACAGACAGGAGGUUUUAUGACCAAAUAUAACGACAUUCAGAUUCCAGAUCCCGGCAGCAGUGAGCGUUCAGUGUCGACAGGUUUGGGUGAUAAGAUGAAGGAGAUUUGAGGUUUUGAUGGAUUGUUUUUAUGACUGUCAGUUUUAUUACGUUGGAGUUUCAGAUUUGGUUCUUUAGUUUGACACAUUAAUGACACUGUUAUUUUAUUUCAUCCCUAAAGACAUCUUCACCAAAAAGUCAUCCGACCGUUCAAAUAAAAACAAGCAUGCUUUCCAGUUCUGAUGCCGGAAAAUAGGUCAGUUAGCUGUUUGACUGUGAGGCGGGGGGGUAGCGGGGGUAAACCAGAGUAUAAUAAUAUAUAUUUGAUCGCCCAGUUGUGAACCAGCUGUUCCCCCCGGCGUUUUCUGAACCCCUCAGUGAUCUCUGUGUGAUCGGCCCCUUAAAGCUGCUUCUUUUCUCCAACCAACAGUCGAAAACCCAAAUCUUCACAUUGAAGAGUCAGCAAACAUUUCACAUUAUUGUUUGAAAAAUGAUCGAUUAUUAAGACUUCAGCCGACAGCGAGGACGUCUUUCAUCAGUCAGAGAUCUGAGUUAAACAUUCACACUGUCUGUCUGUGAAAUGAAGCUCGUAUUCCUCAUCAGUCAUUCAUUCAGCCGGUCGGCGUCACGGAAACAGACAAUCAGACUAACCCGACUAUCAUAUACAUUCAGAAAUGUGCCUGUGGCAGCAUUUGGUAAACGUUGGUAAAAGUGAAACUAAAUGAAAUGCUGUUGGGUUGAAGGCCCGUCCGCACGAGUGUCCUGUACAGUUAAAAGAGAAGACACAUUAUCUCAUGCUAGCAUCUACAUCCAAAGCCUUUAUGGCUUCAUUAAUGGUGAAUAAAUCUUGUAUGGCCACUUUACUGCCGGUUAUAUCUGCAGUGAGAAACGUUGGUACGUCAUUUUGAAGUGUUGUGUUAGAAAAGUCUUUAUUCUCUCCUGACGAUGUUUUUCAAUGAGAGUAAAUUCGCUUAACAAGAGAUGGAAACACUUUCUGAGUAAGUUCUGAUGUAGCAAACCUUUAACUCCCUGAUCUCUGCACACACACAGCUGAUGGAUUCCUCACUUUAAUACAUCAAACUUACACAAACGCCAUAUUUCCGUCCUGUGUUCUGCUUGUUUCUUCGGGUUCAGCCGAAGCUCUUUUAAUCUGCCCCCCCCCAGGAAGUUGCAACAGUUAAUGUGAAUUCAACCAGUUGCAUGAAUUCUGCAUUAUUUUGCAAUUUCAGUUGCAGUUGAGUUUCACUUUAUGUAUUUGACAGGGACAUUUAUAGUAAACAUAGACAGACUGAAAACAGCAAUAUGAUGAAAGUAUCAAGUUGCCUUACAUUUUUCGUGAAUUGUACGAAUAAUCUAAACUAUUUUUGCACAUUUAAUUGCAAAGAAAAACCUAAAAACAUAACAAAAAAAGUCUGCGAAAUCCUGGAGGGCGUCAUCUUGUUCUGGUUCCUCUUCCUCUGGUUUUCCGACUGGAGAAUUGGCGCCACCUACUGCUCAUCUUGUGAGCCAUCUAUCCAUUAUAAUCACAUAGCAAUCGUGGAUGGAAACGAGCAUUAAUGCACGUUUUCUUUUGCUGAUUUUACUUGAAAUUGGUUUAAAAUGUGCUAAACAUUUGGAUGGAAACACGGCUAUUCACAGACUUUCAUAAUGAAUCCUUGAAAGUUUUUUAAGCAGAAAUGUCAAAUGUGAAUAUUUGAUGGUUCUCUUUGUCUUCUGGGAUGUUAAUUUCACAUUUUGGAAACUGCGAUUGUUAUCAUUUUACUGACGUUUUACGGACCAACCGAUUUAAUAAUAAAUAAUCAACGAAUGGAUUAUUAAUGGAGCAUCGAGAUUCCCUGCAGGGUCUACCUGACGUAACCUGACAAUUAAUUCUUAUUGAUGAAGCUCCUAACUGAUUUAUCGAUCGGUAUUAAGGCUGUUAGUUUAUUGAUAUUAGAAUGUGGUUCCUAAACUGCUGCCAAAGUUUUUUUGGAAAAAAUGGCUUCCGUCUGAGUGUCUCCUGUCGGGUGGAUGAACAAAAGCAUAAAAACUUUGACUCUCAAGAAAAAUAUGCAUUUAUUCCUAAUUUGUUUUGUUUUUAUAUGUUAUAUUUUUUAUUUAUAAAGAUGAAAUUGUGUCCCUGAAAUCUACGAUAGACCAAAAAAAAGUCAGUUUAUACGCGGACGACAUCCUUUUGUUCUUCUUAAAGAAAACAUUACUUUUAAAACGUUUUUUUUGAUGGCUUAAUAUUCCUUUUGUGUCCUCCGAGCCACUAUCUUUGCUGUUCUUACUGUUAAUUUCUCGAUAUUCCUGCUAAUAUUUUGGUGUUGAUUAGGUGGUGACUGCCGCAUUAGAGGGACGUUGAUCGGUUUGUGCUUAUUUGACAUUUAUGAUGCUGUUUUUUUUGUGGUAGAAGAGACGUGUUUCCUUUCUGUUUUAGUCUACUUAGGAACAAAUAGAAAGUUAUGCAGGUCAUAAGUUAUACCUCACGUGAAGAGCACCAAGUAUUACUGUUUAAGGUUCUGCGUUUUAAAGUCACUGACCACACGUAUGUGCUGCUUACGGACUACUGUAAAGCCAAGUUUCACUGCAGAAUGCGUGAAAAGUGUUCAUAUGUUAUCUUGUUUUUGAUGGAACUCAUUUCCUAGAAUGUAUUAUUAUAAAUACAAAAUGUAUAUCAACAGACAACCGUAAAGCAAAGUCUAAUGUUGUAUUUAAAAGACAUCAAUUGUUGUAAUUAUUAAUAUAUUUGAUGGUUAUCUUUGUUUGGAGUGCAGGUGGUUUGAACUAACUGUAAAAGCAGCUAUUAAAUAAAGAAAAUAAAACCAGA